UCCACCACUUUGUUAGAUUCCGGCAACAACUCAACUCGGUCUAACCAACAACAACAUCAAAAACAAAACACGAACAUAAUUACACAAACUCAGAAAACAUCAUCGAUCUCGACCCAGAGAAAGGAUCCUAUUCUGUCUUUCUUUACCUCCGAUGGAGCAAAGAAAAGGAGAUGCUAGAAUCUCUCUCAUCUCCGCAGUCUUCUUCUCCUGCAUUAUCGCCGGUGGAGUGUUUCUUUUCCUUUACAUGCUUCUACCUGAAGAAAAAUCCCACCCGUGGUAUCCCCUUGUUGGCAUGGUACUUGUGGCAAUUCCAUGGGCCUUUUGGCUCUUCACAUGUGUCUACAGAUGCUUUAAGCCCGAAGGCGCGCAGACCGCAGACAGCGACCAUUAUGCCAAGGCAGGAAGCAGCCGGGCAGCCACCAUCCCGAACACGAGUGACGUAUUCACAGCUGGCAAUGCAUCAGCUGCAGAGUCCCCUGUGCAUUCCCCUGAUGGUGUACGCAAGGUGCAGUUUGCAGGGGUGGUUGUGAUGGGGGAUGAAGAUCAAGGUGGUCGUGGAGGGCAGAAAGGAAACGAAAACCAUCAUCAAACCAUAGACAUGGAAAAUCAUAAUGGGAUUAAUGAUUCGGUUGGCUCUGCAGAUAGUGAAAUGCCAUUGAGAUUGAUGGUUUGAUUUUCUUUAUCGUAAUAUGAAUGUUGCCAAAUAGUGCUCAUCUGGUAAUUGAUAUAUGUAUCUUCACGAUGGACUAGUCUCAUUGCAAUUACCAUGGAAUUGAAUGAAAUGGAAUGGAGAGAAUUAAUUGGCUUCAAAGGAGGCAAGAAUCAUAUGCAACCAUGUAUAACUUCCUUCUCUUGCCACGGGGAACGAAAGCUCGAGGACGUUAUAUAUAUGGGGAGGAGAGUUUGGAGUGUGUUCUUGGUGUGACCAGGCUAAUGAUAUCUGAAGAAGAAAAGGGGGCAGAAUUGAUUGUAGAGGUAAUUUGGACCCAUGUAAAGUAUUUUGCAAGAGUGAUAUAUGCAUGUAGUAUGAUGCUAGAAAGGGAACUAACUUAGAGGAAAAAAUUUCUUUGUUGUAAUUUGGUUUUCUUAAGCUUCUUUGCAUAUUGUCCAAUUUCU